UCGCAAUUUUUUGUGGAGAGCAGCUAGCUGCUUACGAAACGACCGCCGUCGUACUAUCCUCCUUCCUUGUCAACGCUGGUUUGGCCAGGUUUCUGCAAGUCAAAGCUAUGCAUCCAGCAGCAAGCUUCCGUAAGAGUCCACGGUACGGCGUGUGGUGUUCCUUUCUCUCUACCUCCAAACUCCUCCCUCGCCUCAACUCGCACCUCGUCUUCCAGCUUUCGACCUCCGCUCGUCACACCAGAUCUUGUUAUCUGCUUUCCGUGCAACCUGUUCUCGCGUUCGUGGAACUUACGUCUAUCUCGCACCCUUGUUCCGCAAGCCUUUCCUCCGACCAUCAUGGCGCUGAAUCUGCCGCCGGACCUCUACCUUCGCUGCACGCUGCUGCUCGCCUUGCUUCUCUCGGCCACCAUCGUCCACGCCCGUACUAACGGGCUGGUAACCGCACGUGGCCUGUCACCAGUACCGCAAACUGCGGCCUCGUUUGUCACGGACCGGCGUCCGUCGUCCGUGGCUCGUCGCCUGCGUGAGCCAGCCGCCUUAGUAGCAACGCCGCCGCCGGAGGGGUCGGGCGUCAAGCUCGCACCCUCGCAAUGUGAGUUCGUACCCCGGUAUAAGUGCCCUGCUGUUUAUUGCGGGAAUUGGGUCUUGUAAAUUGGUUGCGUGCAUGGAAUUUCCUCCCUUUAUCCCUCAUUCUUGCCAUCUUCCGUUUCCCCCACACCCCCCACCACCCGCCAGCCCCAAAACGGUCCAUCCCCCCUUCGACCCUCCACCGCACCCUCACUCUUUCUCUCUUCUUUCGCCUUCCUCACUGAAUGCACCAAAGGCCAACCGUCCUCUCCUGUCGAAUCCUACCCUCGUCCGUUUCUUCCCUCCCCCCUCCCCUCCAAGGUUCAAAAUUACGGUUUUCGAAUAAUAAGGUCCGUAAAUUACGACCGUUUUUUUCGGGCAGUUCGGGAAAAAAACGGUGUAAUUUAAAUAGAGCACAUGGUUUUUUUUUUCCGAAGGGGAAUGGGUCCUAUGCGGUUUCAACGUCAACUGAAUGGUUAGUAAUGCUCCAUGGCACCUACAAACAUGGAAAUCUGGAGUUGCUAGGCGGUAGUGUAAACUGGCUUAGAUUCCAGCCAGAAAAACGCUCCAAACUACGUCCUGUGGUAGCUUAGAAAACGUCCUCUGUAUUUGUAUCUCACACACUUCGAAGUUGGGUUGAGAAAGGCUUCUAAGAGAACCAAAAUCCAUUGGGUUCUGUUUUUGAAACACGCUUCGACAGGGUGGUUUCGCAAAUUGCACGAGACCACCCUACUGGGUGCGAAAUAACCAACGGGUUUCGCG